AUGCACAACCAGUUGAUCAUACCGGACCACUCGCGGCAAGCGUCCACAGUCAGCUCGAGUCCUCCUACACCAGUGCACAAUGUUUCCGAAGAGAAGCCAUCCACCCCUCCCCCUCAGACACCUUCGGAGAGAACGGGAGCGCCGCCGGGGGCUGGUAAAGACGCUGUUAAACUGUUCAUUGGUCAGAUCCCGAGGCAUCUGGAGGAGAAUGAUCUCCGGCCAAUGUUCGAAGAGUUCGGCAAGAUCUAUGAGUUAACGGUGCUGAAAGACAAACACACCGGCAUGCACAAGGGAUGUGCGUUCCUCACAUACUUCAAUCCAGAAAGCGCUUCAAGCGCACAAACAGCGUUACACGAAAAACGGACAUUACCUGGGUAUCGCAAAAUGUUUAGAGAAUCAACAAAGGACGGCAACGCAUCUGUACCUUCUCUGGUGUUGCGGAUGUCUAUGUGCCUCGUGGGUCGUGGACCACCUCGAUAUUCCCGCCGUUGGCCUUAA